CUGCAGCUCUGGCGGGGGAUGAGUUCUCCACCACGUGCCGACCGCAGCUAAGUUCCCAGCCGCUUCUCGCCCGGGGUGGGCGCCCAGCGCGACCUGCGCCCGCAUCCCUGCCACAGCCAAGAGGGCUGGAAACCAGCUGUCCGGUUCCUCCCAGGCGGGUCCUGACCCGCCACAGAGCGCGCACUUGGAUGCGGAUGAGGCAACAAAGAACUACCUGGGGAGACUCCAAACACCGCCAGGGCAGCGCUGGCAAAGAGAAACGCGGGCAACCAAGCUCCCCUCGGGCUUCGCAAAAGGAGCCGGGACCCAGGGCUGGGUUGCAGGCUUGAUUGUAAAGGCUCCUCCGCUGCAGUUCGAACUGGACCAAGGUGCCGCAGGAUUCUCCAGGACAGGAAGGAGCGACGCCAACAUAAACCUGAGUCUACUCCAGGGGGCUUUUAUCUGGCUGGGGGGGUCUCUUUGGGGAGAGGGAGGGGAAGGGUUGUGCUGUCAUGGGGACGUUAGGAAAGCCAUACUCUGUGCUGCCCGGAAAGCGUUUGCGCUUCCAGUUGGGAAAGUUAGACACAAGGGGCCAAUCCAGGCGUCCAGUCUGGAGCAGCCCAGGACACUUGCGCCACGCCGUUUUCGAGAGGAGGGUAUGAAAGGCUCCCGAUAAUAUACACGGCCCUUUUUCUCUUCCAGCAAAAGCGUGGUGUCAGGCUGCCCAUAAGUUCACGGGAGGAAUUGGAACCAAACUCUGCGCGUUGUUGUACGGGGAUGCAGAAAAGCCCACGGAAACCGGGGCGAAGGAAGACCUGGGCCCCACGGAGAACAGACCGGCCUGUACCUGCAACAACAAACCUUGUAGCUGCCAGAAAGCGGAUAUUAAUUAUGCAUUUUUACACUCAACAGAUCUUCUGCCAGCCUGCAACGGGGAACUAACAACUAUGUCUUUCCUACAAGAUGUUAUGGAUAUUUUGCUUCAGUAUGUGGUGAAAAGUUUUGAUAGAUCAACAAAGGUUAUUGAUUUCCAUUACCCAAAUGAGCUUCUUCAGGAAUAUAAUUGGGAACUAGCAGAUCAACCUCAGACCUUGGAAGAAAUUUUGCUGAACUGCAGAACAACUCUAAAAUAUGCAAUCAAAACAGGGCAUCCUAGAUAUUUCAAUCAGCUUUCAACUGGAUUGGACAUGGUUGGAUUAGCUGCAGAUUGGCUGACAUCAACAGCAAAUACUAAUAUGUUCACCUAUGAAAUUGCUCCAGUGUUUGUACUUUUGGAAUAUGUCACGCUAAGGAAAAUGAGAGAAAUGAUUGGCUGGCCAGGGGGCUGUGGCGAUGGGAUAUUUUCACCUGGUGGUGCCAUAUCUAACAUGUAUGCUAUGUUGAUUGCACGUUUCAAGAUGUUCCCAGAAGUCAAAGAGAAAGGAAUGGCAGCUAUCCCCAGGCUGGUUGCCCUCACUUCAGAGCAUAGUCACUUUUCUGUGAAGAAGGGAGCUGCAGCCUUGGGGAUUGGCACCGAUAGUGUGAUUCUGAUUAGAUGUGAUGAAAGAGGGAAAAUGAUCCCAUCAGACCUUGAAAGAAGAAUUAUUGAAGCCAAACAAAAGGGAUUUGUUCCUUUCCUAGUCAGUGCCACAGCAGGAACUACAGUGUAUGGUGCAUUUGAUCCACUCAUCGCUAUUGCAGACAUCUGCAAGAAAUACAAAAUCUGGAUGCACGUAGAUGCAGCGUGGGGUGGCGGGCUGCUGAUGUCUAGGAAACAUAAAUGGAAAUUAAAUGGAGUUGAAAGGGCCAAUUCUGUGACUUGGAACCCCCACAAGAUGAUGGGUGUCCCAUUGCAGUGUUCUGCCCUGCUCGUUAGGGAAGAGGGAUUAAUGCAGAGCUGCAAUCAAAUGCAUGCUUCCUACCUCUUUCAACAAGAUAAACACUAUGAUUUGUCCUAUGACACUGGAGACAAGGCGUUGCAAUGUGGGCGUCACGUUGAUGUCUUCAAGCUAUGGCUGAUGUGGAGAGCAAAGGGGACUACAGGAUUUGAAGCACAAAUUGACAAGUGCUUGGACCUUGCGGAAUAUCUAUAUAAUAAAAUAAAGAACAGAGAAGGCUAUGAAAUGGUAUUUGAUGGAAAGCCUCAGCACACAAAUGUCUGCUUCUGGUAUAUACCUCCCAGUUUACGCAGCAUGGAGGACAAUGAAGAAAGAAUGAACCGCCUUCUGAAGGUGGCCCCAGUGAUAAAAGCCAGAAUGAUGGAAUAUGGAACUACUAUGGUCAGCUAUCAACCCCUGGGAGACAAAGUGAAUUUCUUCCGUAUGGUCAUAUCAAACCCAGCAGCUACUCAUCAUGACAUUGAUUUCCUGAUUGAGGAAAUAGAGCGUCUGGGACAAGAUUUAUAAUAAUCUGGUCUAUAAGUCUAGUCCAGAACCUCUCAACAGACAAAUAAGUUGUCACAAACUGUGUGAAUGUAUUUGUAGUUUGUUCUAAAGUAAAUCUAUUUCUAUAUUGUGGUGUCAAAGUAGAGUACAGUUUAAAAUCAAGAAACAUGCUCCUUUUAAAUCUUCUCUUGAGUUUUAGAAUACCCCUUUAGUAAUUAGAUACACAAAAGGCUGCAUUCAAACAGAUAUAAGAAAUAACAGAAGAUACUUACAAUUUUCCCCAAAAUUUUAAUACAGUUAGUAAAUAAAUAUUUUAGGUUAAAAGUAGUCAGACUGAGUGGUGCCAAAUUUGCCCCAAAUGAUGACAAAAACAAACUGGGGGCGCAGUAAGAUGCAUAAAGUAAACAAACUUUAGGUUUAAAAGUGAAAAUAUUUUGCCUUUUUCUUAGAUUUAGCACAGAAUUUCUAAUUUAUCUAUAGCAACAUGUCAAAUGUAUUUAAAUACAUAUAAUUUUAAAAAGAAAAUAUAUAUAUAUAUAUUAAAAUAUCCUAUUUUGUACAUUAUAGAUUUUUAUUUUAUAUGGGUUAUAAAAAUGCAGGGGCAGAAACAGAAAACUAAAGAAGAUUUUUUUUUUCUUUUAAUGGAGGCGCAUCCAAUAUCUACAAAGUUUAUUUUGAACCAUAAGCCCACAUAAAUUCUUAAAAGGUACAGUGCCUCAUUUCUAUAUGUCAUAUGGAUUGUGCAUCUCUCGGGUUAAGCACUGCAAAACCUCACAACUACUGCAGCUCUUAAAAACUCUUAUAACUAUUACAAUACAAUAAGAUGUUAUUAUUCCUAAAUAUGUUUCCCAAACUAAGCAAAUGGACAAUCAAUACACAGUCCUAACCAAGUCUGAAUUAUGGUUAAAUUUUCUGGUUUAUUUCUUUUACUUAUAAACAGCCCAUCCAAAAAGGGACACACUUUAGACUAAAUACUAGUGUCACAAGCGUCUUUAUAAACAGUGAUUGAUUCAUUAGAGAUAUACAUAAAUUGAAAACUACAUUUGACUCAAAUUUUCUAAGACCCCGAUCCUAGGAAAACUAUUUGGCAUAAUGCUAAUUGGGUGAAUAAGGACUUCUUGCAUAUGUGAAGGUCUCAAGAGGGGAAUCUUAAGUCAGAUGCUCAUGUCAUGGUGAAAUCUGAGUUUCCCUCAAGACAAUAAUUUCUGUAAACCCACUCCUGGCAUUGGGGGAGAGCUGGUGGAAAUUCAGAAUUUCAGUUUCACAGAAAAGCUUGAAAAUUGUUAUUUUGAAUUGGAACAAAAACAAAUGCUUUCGCAAUUUCCCCCAAAAUGAAAAUUCUGGAAAUUCUUUUGGGGGGGGGGGAGAGAGCUGGGACAGGAAAUCUUUCUCAGUACAACUUUGUGAAAACGUCAGUUUGCUCAAAAUGGCUUUUUCAGAUAAAAAAGUGUUUCAAUUAAAUCUACCAACCAGCUUUACGUGGAGUUUAAUUGAAAUGUUAGUAUAAUGAUUUGAGAUAUGCCCAGAUACUCAUAGCACAGUCACGAUAUAGUCAUGCACACCCAUUCAGAAGUCAUGGGUGCUAAAUCCUGUAUAGCAGAUAUGUUGAAUCAUUCUUCAACACUAGAGAAAACUGAGAUUCAACCUCCUCUUCCUGAAAAUCUGGAAGAGCUUGGAUCAGGAUUUAAUGGUUCCGAUCUGGUUCUAUGUACAACCCUAAUUAGGUUUUGGUUGUAGCUUUGACUGGAAUCUACGUGGCCACUUUUGGUUGUAAAACAAGAUUGUUUUACUUUCUCUAAAAUACUUGAAGAAAACUAGUGCAGUGUAGUUUAAUUUGACCUAAAAUACAUAAAUGGGGUAUUGAUUCAAUGUAAUGUCAUGAGGCUGUGAUGUAAGAAGAGGAGAUAAAUUGUGUCUGUAAUUGUGUUGCCUUUAUUAUAUUGAUAGUAUGUUUGUCACCUCAGAUUGAGGCUGUGCACUUUAGAUUAAAACUGUACAGUAUUGCAAAUCAACCUGUGUUAUUGACCAAGCUUGUACAAUAUACUAUUGAUUUGUCUUUCUUUGUGCAGUAGUACUAUUGACUCUUGGUAUUGUAAGAGCUGCAUUCACACACAAGUCCCUAUACUAUGUCUGCUCAGUAAUAUUCUCUCAUGAUCAGCUUACAAGACCAACAGUCCCCUCACCGUGGUGGUGACCCACUGCAACUUACAAUGCAUGAUAUUUCAAUUAAACCUUUCAAGCAGAUACCAAUUCUGGACUAAAGCAACCUUAUCCAAGCAGGUCACAAAAUUACCAACUGUGGUCAUUGAAAUGCUGAGCAGAGGAGCAAAUUGUAUUGUUUGUGGCUGAGAAAAUGGGGGACAAAGAACUAAGUGUAAAAAUAGUACAGGGACAAUGGUGAAGGUGAGCAGUAGCCUGGUUACAUCUUGCAUGUGCAAGUCUGUUUUCAAAUGCUAUCUACAAACAUUGUAUUUAUUAGUUCUGUGUGCCAAUCCAAGAUAUACAUUCAGUGUUUCAUGAAGACACCAGCAUUUUUCCAUGUUACCGUGUUUAUUGCAGCCAGAAAGAACUACAUGGCAACCUCUUCUUCUUGUGUUUGACCAAAGUAUUUUCUGUGUUGUUGAUCUAAACCUAAAUAAAAAGUGUAAAAUGUG